AUGGCGGCUGCGGGUGUUGGCGUUGCUGCUGCCGCCGCCGCCGCCGCCGCCGCCGCCUUGAAACUCCUAGCAGGUUCCGAAGUUAGGGUAACGGUGGAUCACGUCGUGGACGACGCAUUGGUAGUGUCCCUGCGUUUCGAAGAGAAGCUUUUCUCAGGGGUUUUAAUGGAUAUUUCCAGAAGGUUUGGGCCCUAUGGAAUUCCUGUGACUGUGCUUCCAAAAAGGGACUACAAGGAUAAAACUGACUUAGUGCAACUUCAGUGUGAACCAUUCCAGCAACAGAUCCAACAAAGUUCAAAAUCUGCAGGUACUUGUGAAGCAGCAUCUUUGGUACCCUCUGCACACCCUAGUGUGGUUGAAAGCCUGUGGACUGCCAAACCUGCACCGUUAUUUUAUGAAGGAGCACCUUACCCUCCUCCACUGUUUAUUAGACACACGUAUAACCAGUCCAUACCUCAACCUCCUCCGAGAAGGAUUAAACGACCUAAAAAGAAAAUGUUCAGAGAGGAGUCUACUUCCAUAAUGAAUUCUAUUAAACUCCGACCAAGACAAGUUCUAUGUGAUCGAUGCAAAAAUAGUAUUUCUGCAGAUAAAAAAGAGUUGAGAAGGGGUGGCAACACAAAUGACACUUCUCGAAAUGAGGACAAGAAACGAAAAAAUGACAGUGCACCUGCUAUGUCUAAGAGACUAAAAACAGAUCACAAACUGGAAGCAAAAACGCAGUAUGAUGGUCAGAAGAGAAAUACAGUCAUUAAAAUUUCAAAUCUAACUACAAGCAAGGGCAAAGUAGUCAAGAUUUCUUCUCAAGUACAUAGUUCUAAAGUGCAGUUGAAUCCCAAAAAAGUGCUACAGAACAAGAAUGUAGAUCACUCAAAAGCCAGGGAAGUACUAAAAAUGGCCAAAGAGAAAGUUCAGAAGAAACAGCAGGAAGUUUCAUCUUCUGGUGGUACCAUUCCAAAAGUUCACUUUACACGGCGCUUUCAAACGACCAACUCCGGCUCUCUCCCUCCACGGAUUCGCUUAAAGCCACAAAGGUACAGAAAUGAAGAAAAUGACUCUGUUUACAAGGCUAAACUUGAUAGACUACGCAGCUGUAAGACAGCGUCUAAAGCGCCGCCUCGCUGUACCUCUUCGCGCUCAGCAGGUGAGCAGCCUUCUGAAAAAGAUAGUCCCACAAAAGGGUUGGAACAGUCCACUGAUGAGAAUAAAGACACCAGGGAAAUAAAAUGGCCUUGUGAGCAAGAUGAAAAGCAAUUGGGGAAAAGGGGCAGAGGAGGCAAUAUAACUGUUUAUAUGACCUACAGUCAAAAUAAAUCCGACUCUUCUGCCUUUUCAGUUUGUAGUAGUGAUAGCGCAGAUGAUAUAAAAUCCUCCAACUCAGAAUGUAGUUCUACUGAAACAUUUGACUUUCCUCCAGGCAGCAUGCAUGUACCUUGCUCCUCCUCCUCAAAAGAAGACAAGCUCACUAAUUCCUUGAAAGUGAAAGUCUUUACCAAAAAUGUCUCUAAAUGUGUGACUCCAGAUGGCAAGACCAUAUGUGUAGGGGACAUUGUUUGGGCCAAGAUUUACGGCUUCCCCUGGUGGCCUGCCCGCAUACUUACUAUAACUGUGAGCCGGAAAGAUAAUGGCUUUUUAGUAAGACAGGAGGCCAGAAUUUCAUGGUUUGGGUCCCCAACAACAUCUUUCCUGGCUCUUUCACAAGUCUCCCCGUUUUUAGAAAACUUCCAGUCACGGUUUAACAAGAAGAGAAAGGGCCUUUACCGCAAGGCCAUCACAGAGGCAGCCAAGGCUGCAAAGCAGCUGACACCUGAGGUGCGGGCCCUGCUGACACAGUUUGAAACAUGAAAACAUCAAAGAAGAAAGAGGAACAGAACAAUGCCCCCAUUAACGUCAAUGGAACUGAGGGUGGGGAGUGUCAAGUUCCUCGGAGUGAAGAUAACCAACAUGUCCUGGACUUCACGUGGAGAUGUGACAUUCAAAAAGGCACAACAACGCCUCUUCUUCCUCAAGUGGCUCAGGAAAUUUGGCACGUCUGUAAGGACCGUCACCAGCUUCUGCAGAUACACCACUGAAAGCAUACUAUCCGAGUGCAUAACAGCCUGAUUUGGCAACUGCUCUGCCCAGGACCGUAAGAAACUACAGAAGGUGGUGUGCACAGCCCUGACCAUCAUGGAAGCUAACCUUCCAUCCAUGGACUCCAUUUACAUGGCUUGCUGCUGCAGAAAGGUUGCCAACAUCAAAGACCCAUUGCACACCGGAAAUGAUCUGCAACCUGAUCCAUCAGGCAGAUGAUACAGGAGCAGCUUCUUCCCAGCUGUUAUUAGACUGAUGAAUGGACUCUCUAGCCCCAAAUAAUGCUCAUCUUGGUAACAUUGAUCCUGCCUAGUGCACACCCUGUGCAAUGUAAUCUGUAUGCCUCUAAGUCUUUUUGAUUUUAACAUCCUUGCUUACUAUGAUCUGACUGUGCUGCUCGUAAACAAAGCUUUUCACUGUACUUUGGUACACGUGACAAUAAAUCAAUAAUUUGAAUCCCACA